AUGGCCUGGCUAAAUCAGCCGCAUGUGCAGGCAGCACUGGGUGUGCCACUCAACUGGACGCAGUCGAACGAUGUUGUGAGUACCGCAUUCCGUGCAAUUGGUGAUUACCCUCGGCCAGGGUGGCUGGAGAACCUGGCUUUUUUGCUGGAGAAUGGCAUCAAGGUUUCGCUUGUUUACGGUGAUCGGGACUACGCAUGCAACUGGUUCGGUGGUGAGCUCUCAAGUCUGGGAAUCAACUACACUGACACCCAGGAAUUCCAUAAUGCCGGCUAUGCAGGUAUCCAGAUCAAUAGCAGCUACAUCGGUGGACAGGUGAGACAGUACGGCAGCCUCUCCUUCGCCCGCGUCUACGAGGCCGGCCAUGAGGUGCCAUCAUACCAACCUGAGACCGCACUGCAGAUAUUCCACCGUGCCCUGUUCAACAAGGAUAUCGCCACUGGAACCAAGGACACGUCCUCGCGCAUGGACGGAGGCAAGUUUUAUGGCACCUCGGGCCCUGCGGACUCGUUUGGUUUCAAGAACGAACCUCCGCCGCAGCACGUCCACUUCUGUCAUAUCCUAGACACAAGCACCUGCACCAAGGAGCAGAUCCAGUCAGUUGAGAACGGCACUGCUACCAUACGCAGCUGGAUCAUUGUCGACUCCAACUCGACCUCUCUGUUCCCCGAGGUGGUUGGCUCAGGGGAACCCACGCCAACCCCUAUGCCUGGAGGGGCUACUACACUAUCUGCUCGCGGAUACUUGUAUGACGUGACAUUAUGGGUUGUUCUUCUUGUAUCUGCUAUAGAGCUGGUAAUGUAA